CUCUCGGACGUGACCCGCGCACGGUCUCGUCGUCUCGUCUGCCUGGACUCACACAAGGAAAGACGCAUUCCUCCAUACGCUAAACGAGUCCAGCCAGCAUCGGGUAGAGAAUUUCAGAUCGCACCCACAUCGAUCGUCCUCACGGUCCAUGCCGCCCGCUCCCGGGUUCUUGCGCCGCCACGACCACGGCGAGCUCGCAUAAUCCUCCAAGGCAAGCUCCCCCGGCGCGGCGGGCGAGCGCGGGAGCCAUGCAUGGCGAGACCUCCGCGUGUCUGCGGCGGCGUCGCCCUCGUCGCGCUCCUGCUCGCCACCUCCGGCCUCUCGCGCGGCGCCGAUGUCAUCUCGUCCUCCUCGCUGGCCGACGAGGCGCGCUGCGACGGGUACCCCGCGGCCGGGUCUGCUGCUGAUCCUGGCCGCAACCCACGCGGCGGGUACGUCGACUACCUGGACAUCUUCUACUGCGUCCUCGGCGGCAGCCGCCGCCCCGCGCUGGGCUACGCCGCGAUGGCGGCGUGGCUCGCCGUGCUCUUCUACCUUCUCGCCGACACGGCGGCGGUCUACUUCUGCUCCAGCCUCGAGGGCCUCGCGCGCCUGCUCGGUCUGCCGCCGGCCAUCGCCGGGGCCACGCUGCUCUCGCUCGGGAACGGCGCGCCCGACGCGCUCUCCGCGCUCGCGUCCUUCGCCGCCGGGGGCGGAGGGGCCGCCGCCGUCGGGCUCAGCGGCGUGCUCGGCGGCGCGAUGUUUGUGUCCGCCGCCGUGCUCGGCGCUGUCUCCCUCCGCGUCGGCGGCCAGGGGGUCGCCGUCGACCGCACCAGCUUCUUCCGGGACGCGGGCUUCCUCCUCCUGGCCCUCGCCGCCGUGGCCGUCGUCCUCGCCGCGGGCGAGGUCAACAUCUGGGGCGCCGUGGUGUUCGCCUCGCUCUACCUCGUCUACGUCCUCGCCGUCGCCUUCACCCCCGACCGCUGGACGAGACGCCAGGAUGAAGAGGAGGACCACGCCCACGCCGCCGCCGCCUCCUCGGAGCUCCAUAGCGUCGCAGAGACCAAGUUCUACACCGACCACGAGGCACAAGACUCGCUCCUCUCUGACACCGCGCCUCUCCUCCAGUACUACACCGGCGACAACGACGGCCGCGCCGGGGGGAACAGGAGCGCGUUCUGGACCGUCAUGAACGCGCUAGCGCUUCCCCUUUCUCUCCCCCGGCGGCUGACGAUCCCGGACGCGAGCAAGGAGCGGUGGAGCAAGCCGACCGCGGUGACCGCGGCCACGCUCGCCCCAAUCUUCCUGUCCAUCCUCUGGAGCCACCGUGCCACUGGGGGGAACCCGUUCCCUUCUGUCCUCCUCGGCGGCCUCGCUGGCAUCGCACUGGGCCUCCUCGCCUUCGUCACCACGGACCCCUCCGCCCCGCCAUCCCGGUUCCUCGCCGCGUGGUUCGCCGGCGGGUUCGCCAUGAGCGUGGCGUGGGCGUACGUGAUCGCCAACGAGGUCCUCUCCCUGCUGGUCUCGGCCGGCACCGUCCUGUCCGUGGACGCCGCGAUGCUGGGGGUGACCGUGCUGGCCUGGGGAAACUCGCUCGGCGACCUCAUCGCGGACGUGGCGGUGGCCUCCCGCGGCGGCCCCGGCGGCGCGCAGGUGGCCGUGUCCGGCUGCUACGGCGGGCCGGUGUUCAACGUCCUCAUGGGCCUGGGCCUAUCCAUGCUGCUGUCGUGCUGGGCCGGGUACCCGCAGCCAAUGAAGAUUCCGAGGGAGCCUGGGCUCUACCGGACGCUGGGCUUUGUGGUUGCUGGACUUUCGUGGGCCCUGGUGAUGCUGCCCCGGAGAGGGAUGAGGGUGGACAGGACGCUGGGCUUUGGGCUCCUGGCGAUAUAUUUUUGCUUCGUCUGUAUUAAUAUCUCACAGCUCAAGAAUGAAGGGUAACGUAUUGGAUUCGUUAUUUCAUUGCAA